AUGGCCUCCGAUACGCCAACGAUCACGAUGAUUGACGAGGCCGAUGUACUUGGAGAAAAUGGCGACAUGAAUCUGUUUACUUGGCUAGCGUCCACAGAGAAGAAGCUAUCGGAUGCAAGCCCUGAUAUCCUGAAGGGCACGCAGAACGCGCUGGAACAGACUUUCGUCAAGAUCAUAUCUGCUACUGCACCUUAUACCCCACCAGGUCGUGCAAUUCGCCAAUUGGUCGCAAGAUGUCUGAUUAAGCUAUAUCGGCGAGGAGAGACUCGGACGCUCUUUGAUACCCUCCAAGCGCUGAUGAAGAUAGUUGGUGAUUUCAAAGCGAUAGACAAGGACACUGUCAAAGUCGCCGCAUUUUCGUGUAUUGGCGACUUGAUGUAUGAGUUCGGGUCGCAGGUUAUGUCAUUCAUGGCCGAGAUAUCGAUGGUAACUCUAAGAACGGCCAAGUCUUCAAACUCUCCUCUCCUUCGAUUCCAUGCCCUGAUCGCCCUCCGAAAAUCGCUAAAUUCAGCGAAGCGCGCCGUGACAGACGCGUCUGCCAAAGACAUCAUCAAACAAAUGAGAAAUGGACUGACGGACAAGUGUAUGCCUGUGCAGCGAGCAUCCGCCGAAGCCCUCAUCGCUAUGUACUCGGCCGACAGUCUUCCUUCUGCAAGCGACGUCGACACCAUCAUCACGCUAUGCGUGAAGAACUUAGACAGCGUAGACCAGGUUACCCGACGCACCCUCGCCCAACUCGUAGGACAUCUUCUGGCUUCUACGCAGAUCGAGCGUACCGUCGUAAUCCAAGAACCCGCUGCCAAAUCCGUUAAGAAAGAUGGACAGGCUCCCGGCGACGACCCACUCUCUCCUGCAGGCGGAACGACCACGGAAAUAAAGAAACCGAUGUUCACGCCGGCAGAGAUGCUGGCCCACCUGGGCACCCAUUUCACCAAGACCCUUACAUCAUCUUCUGGCCUCACCGCUCGCAGAACACGCGUCGGUAUCUUCGACUUCUAUUUCGCUCUCAUCACGAAACUGGGGGCAUCAUUCGUCGAAAGCAACUAUGCCCUCAUCGUACAGCAUUUCAUGAAUGACAUCGUGGCCAACCCUCUACUUCACAAGAACGUUCACGCCAACAGCCUGAACGGCGGCAGUACCCUGCGUUACGAGACCUUGUUGAUUCGGAAUGCGGUUGGGAUUUUGGUCCGGGAUGUAAUCGGUGUGCGGAUGCUCAGCGAACAAGGUCAGAUCGGAGCGAUACAAGAACUCUCCAAUUCAUAUCUAAAGCGCUGGCCGGCAAUGAUGCCGGGUCAAGUCGCGCCGUCGUCGACUAUACUCGUUGUUGCCCUACGAGAGGUAGCGGGGUUGCUGCAGCAGUUAGGAAACGCCCCACCGCCUGUUCAAGACGCUGUUUCCGAGCCACUGGUGACGCUCCUCACUCAUCCUAGCCACUCCGUUCGAGUCAACGCUUCCUGGGCACUGAGGUGCUUCUGCUACUCAACCCCGCUCCGUUUGCCGCGAACCAUUCUCGGCGUCACCGACAUGCUUCAAAGAGACCUCAGCUCCAUUCUGUCGCCGGCGGCUCCUUCGGAUAUCAACUUGCGAACGUUAGGGCAUGCGUACGGACUUGCAGCGCUCGUAUCCAUCGUCCAAGAAAGGCCGCUUUAUGUAUCGUACGAUAUUCCUGCCAAGGUACUCGAUAUGGCAACGCAGCUGCUGAAGCGAGCUGGUGACCAUGAUUUGAAGGUUGCUGGAGUCGAGGUCGAGGUCGCUUGGACGCUGAUAGCAUCCCUGAUGUCCCUCGGCGCUAACUUCGUCAGACCUCACUUGCCGCAGCUGCUCGUCCUCUGGCGUAACGCCCUUCCGAAGCCAACCUCGAAAGAAGGGAUAGCCGCUGGUUCCGGACGUUCAAUUGCUGAGUGGAUGUUCCUGUUGCAUGUCAGAGAGAGUGCCCUCGGCGCAAUCCUAUGCUUCUUGCAGCGUAACUCUGGGACUUUAGUAACUCUUGACGUCGCGAGGCGGAUAGCGUCCGUGUUGGGAAACGCACUCUCCUUUGCCAACACCUUUGUCGGACAAAACGUCGAGGAUCCGUCGGAGAAUGCUCAGAUACCAACCACGACGAACAAGGGCCUGUCAUUACGGGGACGCGAAGCUUUGUUGCGACGAAGGGUGUUCCAAUGCUUCUCGGCUUUAGGGUUCAGCGGAAUUACUGAGUCCACCCAAGUGACGCUUUUGCAAUCGACCGUUGCUCUCUUUGCCAGCCCAGACGGCUACGCAGGGUCCUCCAUGCAAGCCGCGAUCGCGUCAAGUUCCGGUUCCUUCACUUCUGUGUGGCAGAGUGGAGAUGGGUACGCAUAUGGCGUAACUCACCUCGACAUCGAGGGAGCAGAUACUGCAGCGACGGAUAUGGCUGAAAGCGAAAGCAGAGAUAGGUUGAAUCGGGAUUCGGUGGAAGCUUCUAUCGAUGAACUACUCCGCAGCCCCAUCUUGGGAGCAUGUGAACAUGACCCGCUGUCGGUCUGCCAGUCUACGUCGAUCAACACCGAGCAUUACAUCCCUGAACCUGCGCCACCAUCUACCGCCGUUGUAGAUGCUGCGAUCACGCUUUUCUCUCAGCUAUUGCCACUUCAAGAUUCGUCAUCGUCCGCUAAGAUCAUUGGUUCGAUGGUGGAAUCAACCAGGUCGAAUAAAUUCGAGAAGAACCUAGGUAGGAAGGCUGCCGUGUCUGUCAACUCGGCCGUAGCGCUCGUCCUUGCCCUGAGAGUUGCUGGCUCCCUCGGAACAGGAAGGUCCAGAGAGAGUUUAGGCAGCGGACAAGUCACCGGUUUGCUUUCAUCUUUCUUGAAGGAGGCCCUGGUUGAUGGCGACCCAGUCCUUCGCAAGGCGAGCAGCGAGUGCAUCGGCAGACUCGCAAAUAUCGCAGGGACCAACUUCCUUACGAGUCAAAUGAAGUCUCUCGUAGAUCAAGUCGUUAACAAUCGGGAUCCCUACGGACGCGCCGGGUGCGCCCUCGCUUUCGGUGCUAUUUACACAUUCGUUGGCGGCAUGGCUGCUGGUCCCCUACUCAAAACCACGGUCAACGUUUUGAUGUCCCUCAGCAAUGACCCUCAUCCUCUCGUCCAUUUCUGGUCACUUCGUGCUUUGGCCCAGGUCAUCAACGCCGCAAGUCUCACUUAUGCACCGUUCGUCUCAGGGACGCUGGGUAUGCUAUUGAAGAUCUACUGCAUGGAUUCUCACGAGCGGGAAGGGGGCACCCUAGCUAACGCUAACAUGAGCGGCGAUUUCCCCGCGUACCCUGUUGUAUGCCAGAUCAUUGACGCCGUCAUUACAGUCCUUGGCCCCGACAUCCAGGAAUCGCAGCGCACGCGGGCACUCAUACUCAACUUAGUUCAAGAGUUCUCCGCGGAGGGAGACGAUAGUAUUCGGGUGGAAUCGAUUCAGUGCAUCCAACAUUUCCUCAUGUUCGCUCCCGAGUUCGUUGAUAUCCCGAGGUUGGUAACCCAAUUUAGGGGAUAUCUGGCCUCGCCACGUCGUCCGCUCAAACUGGCGAGCAUCAACGCCCUUUAUCAACUGGUGCAGAAGGAUGCGCUGGUCAUGUCCCGGGUCGGUGGGGAUCAGCUCGUGGAAGAUCUCUUCGGCAUGCUUGACGACGAUUCUGGUGUCGAAGGCGUCAAGAAUGUUAUCACUAGUUGGUUACAACAGACGGUCGUUCACAAUCCCUCAGCCUGGAUUGACCUAUGCCAGCGGAUUAUGUCCCGGACGACCGCAUCCCAACAGGUAGCCGAUGCCACUAGCAGGCAAAACAUGCGCGACGACGAAGGCGAGUCCCUGAAUGUCGGCGCUUCCUCCGUUGCGCCGGGUGGUUCUGCUGGAUAUCAGACCUCAAGAUGGCGAACCCAGCUCUUUGCCUUGCAAUGCUUGCACCUAAUAUGUACAACAGUGGCCAAGAGCGGCCGAAGAGAACAGCUUGACGCUGUGAUCGCACGUACUCUCGGCCUCCCGACCGCCGGGCUACUGGUUUCUCGUGUUCCAGAUCUCAUCAAGAUGGCAUUCACGGCGUCAACAGCGUACGUUACUGAGAUUCGUUUGGAAGGACUGGUUGUGUUGCGCGAUGUCAUUGAGACGUUUUCUAACGCCGCCGACCCUGCAUAUGAAGAUUCCCUCUUACUAGAACAACAUCAGGCGCCGAUUACCGCUGCGCUAACCCCCGCGUUUUCGUCGGAUUCUACGCCAGAGAUAUUGGCGUCUGCUGUGCAUGCAUGUGCUGUCUUCGUGGGCUGCGGGGUUGUUAAAGACGUUGGACGCAUGGGUCGCAUUUUGAAGCUGCUGUCCACAGCCUUAGAUCAAUCGAAGGAAUCCGGGAUGAUUUCCCUGGGUGAUACGGGACAACUGGGCCCGAACGCUUCUUCAAUGCUCCGAAUUUCGACACUGUCAGCUUGGGCCCAGCUAGAGAUUGCGAGCGCACAACAGCCGUACCUCGUUCAAGUCGUGAACCCGCAUCGCUCGACGCUAGCGACGCUCUGGGUAGCCAUGUUACGCGACUAUGCUAGUGUACGGAUCGAUACCGAGUUCCUUCACGAUUCGUCCUCGGUUGCUGUAGACAGCUCGUAUUCAAGCCUCGGAAAGGAGGUUCUACUACCAUAUUAUACCGUAUCGUGGCCCAUCAUCAUACAGGCGGUGGCGACGGCGAUGCAGUCAGGGGACCCCCACAUCCUAGCUGCUAUGGACGGCCAGGCCCUUUCAGCCACAGAUACGAUUACAAACACAGCUGGACCUCGGACCGAACCCACUGCUUUCUUCUAUGUAGUCUUUGGGCUCGUCUAUGAAGCCCUAGCAACUUCGUCGACCGAGGCUGCCGCGACGCCUGCCUCCACUCGCGACCAGUUGGUCAUUGCUUGUCUUCAGGCCCUCAAGUACCUCGUGACGCCAGAAUACUGCGGGAAAGCGGUCAUGGAGCCAACGGUGUUCGAGGAGCUGUUGAAUUUGUGCUAUCGUAUGGCGAUGACGGAAUCUGCUAACGUUCAAAUUGCCCUUACUGAUAUGUUGUUGUCAUGGGCGUCAAGUCAAGACAAGGGCUCCGAUUCAUUGGAUCUCCUCUCUUUGACCGCCCCUCGGACACACUGCCUGCGCAUCUGCUCGCACAUCAUUCAGCACUCGACGUCGAAUUCAAGGGGCUCUAUCAUACAGGGGGAACCCGCGGAACGUGCUAGGAUGUUGAUGGCUGCCUUCACCGCCUACGCAACUAUUGCUGCAUCUAUCAAAUCCUCGCAGCGAGAAGAUGUUCGAAGCGUUGGUAUCCUACUAUAUAGCGAGCUUCUGAAAGAUGAGUCGUCGGAAGUCGAUCUCGUGGGACCUACGCUACCCUCGCUGAAGAUCCUUCUCGACCUACCUGUUCAUGGCAAACCGGAAGCGAAAGAGAAGUUUGGGAAGACCGUUAACGCGUUAGCAUCAGUCUGCUUGCUCAAUAUCGAUGAGAUGAGUGGUAGAUCGGGUGCUAUUUCGACGAAGAAAGUCAAGAACAACCUCCUUGCCGUGGUGCUGAUAUUAUCGGUCCUGCCGCCGACGGUUCAAAUCGGAAAGACGGUGGUAGAACGCUGUUGUUUUAUACUAUCUCACAAAACGAUGGAUGCCGACGACCAAGUUGCACUGACGGCAGUCCAUUGCACCCGUACCCUCGUCGCCGCAGCUACAUCACAGACCGGACAUACUCUCCUUCGCCAUUGCUGUGGGCUGCUCUUGCCGGGGCUUAUCGAGUAUAUUGCCAAGAUUGCACCCUUGAUUAUCAGCGGUAGCGUUUCGGACGCACAUAUCGUAGGUGUCGGAGAGGUAUGGAAGGCGUUCUCGGCGAUAUAUGCAAGCGUAUCUGAGGAACACCGGGACCGCGUUCUAGGUGUUUUCCUUCCAACAAUACUCCUUACCCUGUCGAACGACGAGGAAGCUGCUACCAUUGGCAGCGCCGCGUCGCCAUCAUUGUCAAUGCAUGCGUCGAGCAUCGCCCAGAUACUGAGCUUUGCGGCAUUAUCUCCGAUCGCGUUCAAACAAGCUGCUGCGAAAUUGGACCCAGGAGCCCGAGAGUCGCUUGAACAGGCCGUUCGGAAGGCGGUGGGGAAGACUGCUACUCAGGGGACGGGGCCGGGGACGGGACAAGGUGGUAAACCCCAGAUAUCGUUGAGGGCAUUUUGA